UUGCUCCGCUGUUGCUCCGCUGUGCUGUGCAUGCUUGUACAAAACUUCCACUCCACCCCGGCAAAUGCUUCUCCACCUUUCCACCACCUACAACUACCAACUACCUGCAGCACUAACAUCUGCUCACUAACCCAACCGACCUACAACCACCUGUAUGCACGCUCGCCUCUCUAUGAUCGCACAUUCUUACUCAUGACCUACGGUCCCAUGCGAAGGCUAUUUUCCUCGUCCAGUCGCGCUCAACUCUCUCCACGAUUCGCAUCCACCUCCCAUCUCGCCGCGCCCAGGCUGCUUGGCCUCAAGCAGUACCUGAACCAGCGCACCAUCACCGACAUCCGACCGCGACAGGCCUCAGUAGCGCGGAACUGGUUUACGAGCUCUUCAACAUGUCUUUCUCCUCAGGAAGGCAGUGAUCACCCGCCACCGAAUGAGCGCAACGUCAAGCUGGGGAAAACCAUCAGAAUUCUCCACGAACGUCUUCCGACGCUGCUAGUAUCUCCACUUCCGCAAGAUAUCCUAUCACCGCAAAUAAGCCUCGCGCUGUUCCCGUCGACACAUCCCAGCCUCCCAUCCGUCAGCGGAAAGCUUGCCUACACAGCCGCAUUAUGGACAGCACCAGUGGCGUGGGGACGGGUGCCAGUACUAGGCGAUGUCAAGUUGAAGAUUCUGUCUGAGCGCAUGGUGAAAAACGGGGCAUGUGAUGGCGGGGAAGGUGGCCAAGCAAAACUCAUUGUGAAAUGGGAAACAUGCGGGAAAUCAGACAGAAAAGAUAACGGUCCUGUGAGCGAAGCGGUGGAGAAGAUGAUGAGCAUAGUAGGCAGAGGAGACCGGCAGGCUCACGACAAAUUCUCGGGCUUAUUUUUGUUCGAAUUCGACGAAGAAGGAAGGGUCGUCAAGCACACAAUCGAGCAUGUGGAAGAGAACGGCGAGUGGGAGAAGCACACAGCCAAGGUGGUCAGCGUAACGGACUGGCUGCUGGGUCGCGCAUGGGGCCGGCGAGAGGAAGGGAAUCCGAGUCUGGCCUUCUGCAAAGCGCAAUGUACAAGGGCGAGACCUGAAGGCAUAGGCCGGCCCCGAAAAGAUGCAUAGCGCAAGGGAAGUGGCAACGCGAGAUGGGAUGGAUGGGUGGAUGCCUCAGUGACGUGACACGAGACGACGACGACGACGAAUGCUUUCCUUGGACGUCGAAGCAACUUGAAUAGACGUAUACUACUGUACUAUACCAUGUAAACUCCCCUGUAGAAACAAACAAUCAAGCAAUACACAGAUUCAUGCACUCGCUCCGAAUCAGUACACACAUGCAUAGGACGAUGGAGCUGAGAAGAGGAGCACAGUGUGGGGGUGCAGUCCAACGAAAAAGGCCCACGAAGCCCUCUCUCCCCACAGCAUCGGGAGUGCGUGGAUUACGCAUGCCCCCGUCGUCCCCCUCUCGAAUCAUCCAUCCACACAUCCCAGUGGGGAUGUCUUGUAUGUAUGCACGCCCAUGCACAGGCAGAGCGCGCAGCCACCCAAUGAUGCGCGUGGUGAGCUAGCCUUGUCAACCGUCCCAGCCAUCUCAUCGGUCCAGGUAGCGGCGACAUUGAGCAAUGGGAGCGGAGAGAAUCAUGGUCGCUUGCCUGCCACCCUUGAGUCGCUGCACUCC